AUGGUGGAGGAAGAAGAGUAUGCUUGUGUAAGGGCAACCCUGUCUUUCCAAGGGACAGGUUUGGAGAAGGAUCAUGGGCCUGUGGAGAUGGGAGCAACCUCAAGCAGGAGUAUAAGUAAAUGUAUAAGAAAGGGGAAGUGGCACUCAGAGGCUCUCGCUCCACUCAUCGAGCACACAGCUAAGAUGAUGACAGUCACUUGUCUGCUCCUCUCCAGCAUCUGGAUUGCUGUUCCAGCCUCUGUGCAGGUGAUGAACAGAAAGGUCCAGUCAGUCCAGGCAGGAGGAAAUGUUACUUUUUCAUGCCGGUCAGUCACAAAAGAAGAUGUGAUACAGGUGACCUGGCAGAAGGAGACGGACGGGCCUGAAGACAACAUAGCAACUUACAGCACAAUGAAUGGCCAGAAGAUAGCCAAGGCCUAUGUCAGCCACGUGAGCUUUGCCCACAGCGAGCUACAAGCCUCGGCCAUCUCCCUUCAUGGAGUCACCCUCCACGAUGAAGGAUGCUACAAAUGCAUCUUCAACACCUUUCCCUCGGGAGCUGUCACCGGCAGGAUGUGUCUCAGUGUUUAUGCCAUCUGGGACCCCAAAGUGGAAACUAAGCUUAUACCCAGUCCAGACAAAGCUGAGGACUCUAAGAAAAUGGUGGGGAUGAGCUGCUCAGCAACAGGGAAACCAGCUCCAAAAAUAACCUGGCACCUUCCCAGCAUCCUGCAGCAGAAACCAAGGGAGUACCACAUAGAGUUCCGCAACCAGACCGUGACUGUCAUCAGCAAUUUUACCCACACCCACUCCAAAAUCCUUCAGGAGUUCCCCAUCACCUGCAUGAUCCAACACCCUUCUCUAAAUGUGACCCUGGUCCUGCCCACAGACAGCCUGGAGCAGGAUCCAGACGGCAGCAUGGCACCACCAAUUGUCAUUGCGCUGGGAGUCCUGGUCCCCCUGACCUUCCUUCUUCUCACCUGCCUCCUGUACCACCGCCUCAGGCACCUACAUGACCCAGAGAGGAACCCAGCCUGGCCCUGCUGGGUAGGUCUGCCUUUCCUCAGGGUGCAGCAAUCACCCCCACAGGUCUCAGGGAUCAAUACCAUGACCUGGUUCUGCCCAGCCACACCAGGGCUGCCUGCACACUGCCCAAGCCAGGCUGAACCUGGGCUGGACAGGGACACAGGAAUGGACCCCCAGCCAGAGAGCUGGGAAGGGGAAACCUGA